AUGCUGAACUUGACGAUUGGCAAAGAUCUGUCAGUAAUGCUAUCACGUUCCAAAUUUGCGACUCGUUUUUGGGAAAGUGGAUGGUACCGUGUUACAAGUGGAGCUGGUGAAGAAAUGCCAACUGAAUGUAUUCACGGAGGUUUUAGGUGUGGAACAGCACAUCCUAUUUGGAUGAACGAUACAUUUCCAGAAGCUCAUCAGAUAAAGAAUGUUACAGCGUGUGCUGCAGACUACAACACAGACUGUUGUAUAAGUUCCUACGAUAUACAGGUCAAGAAUUGUUCUGGAUAUUAUGUUUACAAAUUAGUGCCAACCACGUCAUGUCCACAAGCUUAUUGUUUCGGUACUGAAUUACCAUGUCCAGAAGGCGAAUCAUCUCCGACUGGAUUCACUCCAGGGUGCAAGUAUGAUCCAUGUCUCAAGAUUAACCACAAUGAACUAGACGACUGGAGACGCUCUGUUGGAAAUAACAAUACAUUGACAUCUUUGUGUGACUCCUUCCUAGAUACAGGCUGGUAUAGACCUAUAAGCAAAGCUGGACAAAAUAUGCCAACAGUGUGUCCAGUAAAUGGUUUUACAUGUGGAACCACGCAUCCAAUUUGGAUGAACGGAACUUUUCCGGAAUCUGGUGAAUCUCACAAUGUUACAGCAUGUUCUGUUGGUUUAACAAAUGACUGUUGUGUACAUCAAUACGAUAUUCAAGUAAAGAACUGUUCAAAGUUUCUUGUUUACAAUCUUAAACCAACCAAGAAUUGUCCAGAAUCAUAUUGUUUUGUCUAUUUGGAAUAUGGAUCCUCAAGGCUCUUCAACUUUGUACUUGUAUGA